CCUGCCUCUUGGAUGCCAGUUACUAAGCUCCCAAGCACAGCUGAGGCGGGGGUAUCUAUACAUCCAGCACCGGAAACGGAAAGGCCCACAGCCCCUUGUCGCUCUAGGAGUGGCAGCGAACGUUCUCGGUAGGUUUAACCCUCUCAUUCACCUAUCCGAGCAAAAGCUCCCCAGGUGCGGCCGCUGUCAGGAACGAGACACCCUGGGCCUGGCUCGGCGUUGCCGGAAUCUGUCAGCCCGGACUUCGGGGCCCAGCCGCCGCUUGAGGGCGGCGAAGCGAGUCAAGGAGGAAGGCCAGUGGCUGCCAGGGACACGCCGGGGGUGCAGCAGCACGGGACGAAGACUCCACGGUCAAAAGUCUGGGUUCUCUGAGGCGCCGGCGCGCUCUGAGGCGCGAGGGGGAUUCCCAUUCGUCUUAAGCUACGUAUCAGGCUUCGUGCGGACUACAUCUCCCAGCAUGCACGGCUCGCGCCUCUUCGGCUCGCAUAUCGCUUAGACAACCACCACUCCCGACGAGCCUUGUGCGUCCAGAAUACAACUUCCGACUCUCAGGGUGACUGAGGCGACGCUAUUUAAGCCGCGUCGGAAAGGAGGAGCUGGCCACGCCCCUCUUCCAGGGCCGCUCUCUCAGAUAAGCGGCGAGGAGCGGGGUGGAGCCUGAGGCCCGAGCCAAGAUGGCGGCUGCGAAACCAACCCUCACGGACUCGCUCUCGUUCUGCCUCGCGCAGCUCACGGCGGCGGCCGGGGAGGAUCUGGAUGGGGGAAAGGACCCAGCUACCAACGAGACACCCCUGGGCCGUGCGCUCUUAGCCCUCCGCACGCGCCACAUCAAGGCAGCAGGGGGAAUCGAGCGCUUCCGGGCACGCGGCGGGCUCCGCCCCCUUCUCUCGCUGUUGCGGCGAGCGGCGGCAGCAGACCCCGCCCCGCCCCAGGCAGGCCCAGGCUCCGCCCCCUUGUCGGUAGCGUUGGCAGCUUCUGUUGGCCCCGCCCCCUCGCCGGGCCCCGCCCCCUCCGCCGCCGUGUCUUCGUCGACGCCUUCGCCGCCAGUACGCCUGCGCAAGAUGCUGGACUUGGCCCUCAGCAUCCUAGCCAACUGCUGCACUGAAGGGGCGUGCCGGGCUGAAGUGCGCAGACUCGGAGGCAUUCUCUCUUUGGUGACCAUUCUUCAGUGUGUGAAAGCAGACAGCAUCCAGAACCGAACGGCCCGUGCUCUGGGGAACUUAGCCGUGGAACCCGAGAGCUGCAGAGCCAUCCACUCUGCCGGCGCUGUUCCCCUGUUGGUGGAGAGCCUGACAGCCUGCCAGGACUCACAGUGCCUGCAGAGUGUGGUGCGUGCCCUCCGCAACCUGGCAGACUCACCCCAGCACCGCCUGGCGCUGGCCCAGCAGGGGGCAGUACGCCCACUGGCUGAGCUCCUAGCUGCAGCCCCGGAUCCUGCACUGACCUCUGCCCUCGUCCGUGCCCUCCUGGAGCUCAGCCGUGGCUGUUCCCGGGCCUGUGCUGAGCAGCUGAGCCUGGGUGGAGCGCUGGGCCCACUUGUCAGCCUGGCCUCCCACCCCAAACGGGCAGUACGUGAGGCAGCCAUCCUGAUCCUUGCCAACCUGUGUGCCCAGGGCCUGGUACGGCCUGCACUGGGCAAUGCAGGUGGUGUGGAAGUGCUGCUGGGUGAGCUCCGGAGGCGCCGGGGCCCCAGUGGGGCCAGCCCGGUCUCCCAGCAGCCUCUAGUGCGAGCUGUGUGCCUCCUGUGCCGGGAGGCCAUUAACCGAGCCAGGUUGCGGGAUGCUGGCGGCUUAGAGUUGUUGAUGGGCCUGCUGCGGGAUCCUCGUGCCAGCGCCUGGCACCCACGUGUUGUGGCCGCCCUCGUCGGCUUCCUCUAUGAUACUGGGGCCCUGGGUCGGCUGCAGGCUCUGGGACUUGUACCUCUCCUGGCUGGGCAGCUGUGUGGCGAGGCUGGCGAUGAUGAAGAAGAGGGAACAGAAGCCGCUUCCUGGGACUUCCCUGAGGAACGGACCCCUGAGCGGGCAGAGGCUGGGAGCCUCCGUAGCCUCAGGUCGUGGCUGAUCUCCGAGGGCUACGCAGCAGACUCUGAAGACAUCUCUCCAGACUGGUCUCCCGAGCAUUGUCCCCUGCCUGAGUCUGCGGAACCCACCAGCCCCAGCCCUGGCCCAGUGUCGCUGCGGCCCCCGCGCACACUGCGCACCCCACGCACGCCGGCGCACAGCCCUGCUGCGUGCGCCGCUGAAGAGCCUUGGGGCCGCGAGGGGCCGGCGCUGCUGCUGCUGUCGCGCUUCUCCCAGGCUCCUGACCCCAGUGGGGCACUGGUGACGGGGCCGGCGCUGUGUGGCCUGCUGGCCUACGUGACAGGUGCACCGGGCCCCCCCAGCCCGCGGGCACUGCGCAUCCUGGCACGCCUCACCUGCAACCCUGCCUGCCUCGAGGCCUUCGUGCGCAGCUACGGCGCGGCGCUACUGCGCGCCUGGCUGGUGCUGGGAGUGGCGCCUGACGACUGGCCCUCCGCGCGGGCCCGGCCUACUCGCCGCAGCCAGCACCGAGAGCUGGGUGAGAUGCUGCUGCAGAACCUGACUGUGCAAGCUGAGUCGCCCUUCGGGGUCGGCGCCCUCACCCACCUGCUGCUCUCCGGGAGCCCCGAGGGUGUGGCCUGCGCGCUGACCUUGCCCUUCAUCUGUCGGAAGCCUUCUCUGUGGCGCCGGCUGCUUCUGGACCAGGGUGGCCUCCGUCUCCUCCUCACAGCGUACCGGCCAGCUCCACACCCACUCUUCCUCUUCUUCGCUGCAGACUCCCUGUCCUGCCUCGAGCUGCUGGUUCCCACUGUGAGCCCAGCCCUCCCUUCUGCAACUGCCACGGACUCAGACCCUCCUUCCCCUUGCCUCUACAAACCUCUGCUGGGCCCAGCCCCUGUCCCAGCUCCUGACCUGCACUUCCUGUUGGACUCAGGCCUACAGCUCCCUGCCCAACGAGCUGCCUCGGCCACUGCCUCCCCUUUCUUCCGGGCCCUGCUCUCAGGCAGCUUUGCCGAAGCCCAGAUGGACCUAGUGCCACUGCGAGGCCUGUCACCCAGUGCGGCCUGGCCCAUCCUGCACCACGUGCAUGGCUGCCGGGGCUGCGGGGCUGCCCUGGGACCCGUGCCCCCACCAGGCCAGCCCCUGCUGGGCUCAGAAGCCGAGGAGGCAUUGGAGGCUGCCGGCCGCUUCCUGCUGCCCAGCUUGGAGGAGGAGCUAGAAGAGGCUGUAGGCCGCAUCCACCUGGGGCCUCAGGGUGCCCCAGAGUCAGUGGGUGAGGUGUUCCGCCUGGGCCGGCCCCGGCUGGCUGCCCACUGUGCCCGCUGGACCCUGGGGCCAGGUCAGUGCCCACGGAAGCGGGCCCUGGCACUGGUGGGGCUUGUGGAGGCAGCAGGUGAGGAGGCAGGGCCCCUGACGGAGGCGCUGCUGGCUGUGGUGAUGGGGAUUGAGCCAGGGGCCAGGGGUCCCAGCCCAGACUGUUGACGGCCCCUGGGAAGAGACCCCAGGAUGAAUUGACUACAGAGGAGGCCUCCCCCAGAGUGGCUGGGAAAGAGGCCAGGCAGAAGGAGACAUCACCAAGGACUGAGGAGAGGAUGGAGCUAGACCCCAGGAUGAUGUUUCUGAGGAUCCAGGAGUGAGAAGUCAAGGCCAGGGUCUGGGCGUGGGGCCCAAGAGAAUAGCCCAGGGCCCCAAGUCCCUGGCCUGGCCAGGCCCAGCCUCUGGAGUUGAGAUUAAAAAGCUUUAGAGUUGUUUGCCUCUGUCGUGUGCUGUCUCUUCUCACUUUCCUGUGGGAGGACCCUGCCCUUCACCGCCAAGCAAGAUCUGCCCAUGUCUCUAUGAAUUGCCACAGGCCACCCUUGGC